AUGAACUCCGCCUGCCUCGUCAAGCAGGACGCCAAGACCAGCGCGGCCAUCAUCGGGCUCCUCGAGGGCGACGCUAAAUUUACCGCGCUGAGCAAGUUCGAGGGCGAGUCCAUCGUCGGCCGCGACGCCGAGGACGCGGAGAAGCUCCAGAAGGGCGUCGACGCGUCCAUCGCCAAGGGCGUGCUGCCGAAGCUCGAGCCGCCGCCGACCUACGUGACCAUCGACGUCCUCGGCAAGACGCCCGACGACGUCUGCAACGUCAUCGUGGGCCACAUGGGCGACGCCGUGAACACGGGCGGCGUCGUCGUGCUCUGCGGCCUGAGCGGCACGGGCAAGGGCACGACCGUGGCGCGCCUCGGCGAGCUGCUGCCCGAGGGCAAGACCACGGGCUGGUCGAACGGCAACGUGUUUCGGUCGCUGACGCUCCUCGCGGCGACGUGGUGCGAGCAGCAGGGUCUCGCCGAGUUCGACGGCGCCAAGGCGCUGACGCCGGAGAACCUGGCGACGUUCAUGGGCAUGCUCACCUUCGACAAGUUCGACGGCGCGUGGGACAUCAAGAUCAGCGGCCUGGGCAUCGAGGCCAUGGUGUCCGCGAUCAAGAACACGGACCUGAAGGGCCCCAAGGUGUCGAAGAACAUCCCCACCGUCGCGGAGCAGACCCAGGGCGAGGUCGUCAAGUUCGCCGCCGCCGCGGCGACGAAGAUGGGCGAGGACGGCCUGAUCGUGCUCUUGGAGGGCCGCGAGGCGACGGUGAACUACAUCCCGUCGCCCUACCGCUACACGCUGACCAUGAGCGACACGGCCGUCCUCGGCCAGCGCCGCGCGGCCCAGCGCGUCGCCGCC